AUGGGGUUACCAAGAUGGCUGAGAGCUGAGCAAAGCCAGCCAAGUAAACUGCAGAGUUAUUACCUGUACAGGUUCCAGGGCAGCUUAUCACAACCUCUGCUCGGGAACCGCACACACCGCUGUGUUAAAGUCUGCGUAACGGCAAGGCUAGGAACGUGGGUGAAGAGCAGCAUAGGAAUCAUCCAGCAAGAAGGACCCCGGCUCACCUGGACCUACAUCGCUCCACAGAUGGGAUACUGGGUUGCCGCCAUGUCUCCUUCAAAGCCAGGUUCUGUGGUGACGCAAGAUAUCACAAGCUACCACACAUUAUUCCUCCUGGCAAUAUUAGGAGGGAUUGUGUUCAUCCUCCUGGUCCUGUUCUGUCUCCUGGUGUACUACUGCAGGAGGAAGUGUUUGAAGCCACGUCAUCACCGGAAGCUUCAUCUCACAUCUGCUUUGGAUUCUUCCAAGAAAGAUCAAGCCACAUCAAUGUCCCACAUCAACUUAAUCAGCCCCAUCCAUAUGGAGAUGAUGUCCUCCAGUGGAGAGAUCGACAUGCAUACUCCGAUGCUUAAGCCUUCAUAUAAUACCUCACGGGACUUCAGCUCAAGAGAAGAACUUCUUUCUCACCAAGACGAGAAGAGCCGAAUGUCUUUGGAUAACUUGACCCCAAGUGGGACCUUGAGACAGGUGUACAAUAAAUCGUUGGAUCAGUUCAUUUUAAAAUCAAGAAAGUCUGCGGAUAUCUCAGAUGGUUUUAUUUCUCCCAUGAACGACGAGUACCGCCGGAGUUACAACUCUGUGAUCUGUCAGUCUUUAGUUGAAAACAAAGAUCCAUCUGCAAACCACGUAACGGCAGGAAGUAAGCCAAACAUUCAGGAACAAAGUCACCCUGUGCCUUCUGCUCCUGAACAAGAGCAGGUCAUAGACCGACGGUCUAAUGAAUGUAUGAUGUCUAGGUCUGUAGACCACCUUGAAAGACCAACCUCUUUUCCUCGUCCAGGUCAGCUAAUAUGCUACAAUUCUGUCGAUCAGGUGAAUGACAGCGUUUACAGAAAUGUUUUGCCCACGUUGGUUAUACCUGCUCACUACAUGAAGCUUCCAGGAGAACAUCUCAUCGUGUCUGCGGAACAACCAUAUGAACUGGAACGUCUUCAAGCUGAGCUUUCCAAAUCUCACGGUCAACAUCCUCCACAGGUACAAGCCAACCAACUAAACUCUCAAGCGAUGUCACAGCAACAUUUACAAGAUGGUGAAGGCAUGGAGUGGUGCGGACAAAACCCUGCGAUGUCCGAAUCGGUUUCCAUUCCGGCUUCGUUGAACGAUGCGGCUAUUGCUCAGAUUAAUGGCGAAGUGCAGCUGUUGACCGAGAAAGCACUGAUGGAGCUCGGUGGAGGAAGACCUAUGCCUCAUCCCCGUGCCUGGUUUGUGUCUUUAGAUGGCCGGACGAAUGCCCACAUUAGACAUUCAUACAUUGAUCUCCAAAGAGCAGGGAAGAACGGGAGCAACGAUGCCAGUUUAGACUCUGGUGUUGACAUGAACGAACCAAAAUCUGGUCGAAAAGGAAGAAUUGAAAAAUUUUCAAUGCUGCAACACCAUCUGUCUUCGCAGCACCCGACUUUGCAGGAGCACCAGCAGCGUGAGCAAAAGUUGUCAGACAGCACGGCUUACACACAGCUUGUUUAUCUAGAUGAUAUGGACCAAAGCGGUAGCGAAUGUGGAACACCUGUGUGUAGUCCUGAGGAUAAUAGACCUUUCAUCGAGGCACCAGCAAAAAAGAGCUGCGGCCAACUACCCAGCCUUCAGGAAGAAACUUUCAAACGAACUGCAGACUCCUCACCAGUGCCAUUAAACAGCCCUGACCACAAUUACUCCAUUCAGGACGAUGGUUCAGACGACCAAGGAGAGAAUAAAAAAAGCCCUUGGCAGAAACGGGAAGAGCGACCUCUUCUGGCCUUCAACAUGAAAUAAGUUGCUGGGCUACAAAAUGGAGUAGUUAAUUGCCAAAUAUUCUUUCUUUCGGGAAUGCUUACUUUGUAGGGGGAUGAGGGGUUCUGUUUGUGAAAUUUGGACCUGAUCUUUGAUGAUAAAGACUAGGCUCACAGAUGGUUUCAAGGAAAAGACACAGGAUGGAUUUUAUGGAAUCUUUUACAGUUAGUCAAGGAGUGGAUAGUUAAGUGUAGCACUACCCCAGCCUUGCUUUUGUACCGAACUCUAAGAACUUGACUGUUUCUUGCUAGGUCUUGACCACUAAACUCCCCGCGACGGGAGCACAUGAAGACAACU